GGUUGGGGUCAAAUCAGAUAAAGAGUAACUUUAUCGGUGCGUUCCUACGUAAAAAAUAUAUAAAGACCCAACAAAUAAAUAAAAGGAAAAUAAAACGCGGAUCAAACUCCAUUUGCUUCAUUUCGCGUGUUGCGUCUUUCGUCAGAUCUGCUCAUUUUUUUUGGAUAAGCAUCUCAUCUUCUUCCAUGGACGUAGGCGGAGGUGAUAGUGGUUCAGUGGCGACCCCUGUUCAACAGAAAGCGCAUGAGGCGUGGAGGAUCUACCAGCAUUACCUUGACAAGACCACGCCUCACGCUACUUACAGGUGGAUUGGGACUCUUGUCGUGGCCCUUGCCUACUGUUUGAGGGUUUACUAUAUCCAGGGCUUCUACAUCAUCGCUUAUGGACUUGGGAUCUACCUUUUGAAUCUGCUUAUUGGGUUCUUGUCCCCUCUUGUUGAUCCUGAGGCUGCUGGGGGUUCUGAUGGACCUUCUCUUCCUACUAGAGGCUCUGAUGAGUUCAAGCCUUUCAUCCGCCGUCUCCCUGAGUUCAAGUUCUGGUAUUCGAUGACAAAGGCAUUCUGCAUUGCGUUUGUGAUGACAUUCUUCUCGGUGUUUGACGUGCCUGUGUUCUGGCCAAUCCUGCUUUGCUAUUGGAUUGUUCUCUUUGUUCUCACCAUGAGACGCCAGAUCUCCCACAUGAUCAAGUACAAGUACAUCCCUUUCAGCUUCGGCAAACAGAAAUAUGGUGGACGAAGCGGCAGCGGCCCACGUGCGGACUGAUCUGACCAAAUUUUAAUUAAUGUUGGCCACUUUUGUCUUUGCCAAAGAACAUAACAUUUGUUUUUAGAAAAUCAUUUUGAACUAUUUCUACAUUGACAAAAACCUAUGCAGCUACAAGGAAGGAUUAGAGAGGAAAAACAAAAGUGAAAUUAAAAUUUGUUUUAGCUCAGC